UUCCCCUCACCCUCUCUUUCUCUCUGGUCAUCCUAUCAUCAUUGCUUCUCUCUCUCUGUUUCCAAUCAGAACUAAUUAAACAUACGAUGGCUGAGGCACUUGUAUCUCCGAUCUUGGAGCAGUUAACCACGAUCGUUGCUCAACAGGUACAAGAAGAGGUGAACCUAGGAGGGGGUGUGAAGAAACAAGUCGACAAGCUGAAAAGCAAUCUCCUUGCUAUCCAAUCUGUCCUUGAAGAUGCAGAUAGAAAACAAGUGAAGGAUAAGGCUGUAAGAGACUGGGUAGACAAGCUCAAAAAUGUAUGCUAUGAUAUCGAUGACGUGCUAGAUGAAUGGAGCUCUGCAAUUCUUACAUGGAAAAUGAGGGAUGCUGAAGAAAAUACUCACAGCCUGCAGAAGAUACGGUGUUCCUUCCUGGGAUCUCCUUGCUUUUGUCUCAAUCAAGUGGUUCGACGUCGAGACAUUGCCCUCAAGAUCAAAAGAAGUAUGUGAAAAACUGGACGACAUUGCCAAAGAGAAAUCUAUGUAUGGCUUUGAGUUGUACAGAGCCACUGAUGAACUCCAACGAAUAACAAGUACCUCCCUUGUUGAUGAAUCAAUCGUGAGUGGUCGAGAUAAUGACAGGGAAGCUUUAGUAAGCAAGUUGCUGGGUGAAAGUAGUCAGGAAGCAUGGGACGUGGAUGC